AUGUCUGUUGGGGUGGCAAUUAUUGGGAGUGGCCAUUUUGCCAAAGAGCAGCAUUUGCCUGCGGUUCAAGCUGCCACCGACCUGCAGCUAAAGGCCAUCUACUCGCGAUCCUUGAAGUCGGCUCAGACCCUUGCUGGCAGCACACCCGCAGUGGAUCUCUAUUCGGACGACUCCGGUGCUGGUCAGUCCUAUGAGGAUCUGUUGGCCCGUUCAGAUAUUGUAGCUGUGAUCAUCGCCCUCCCUAUCCUCGUCCAACCUGAAUUCAUCAAAAGGGCACUUCUCUCGGGCAAGCAUGUUCUCUCCGAGAAGCCCAUUGCCAAGGAUGUGGCCACAGCGCGGGAGCUUUUGCAAUGGUAUCAGACCAGCAUCGACACCAGCAAGACCUUUUGGGCUGUAGGCGAGAACUUCCGGUAUAUGACCAAGUUCCUCUUCGCAGCCGAAAAGGUGCGGGAGAUGGGCAAGGUCCGGCAUUUCCGGGUCCACGUCCACAGUUUGGUGAAGCAGGACAACAAGUACUACCUGACGUCCUGGCGUAAGGCUCCAGAGUAUCAAGGAGGAUUCCUCCUGGACGGCGGCGUGCAUAUGAUUGCUGGGCUGCGUUUCAUUCUUGGUUCCACGGAGCGCAUCACUACUGUCUCGGCACAGUCGCAACAGCUGCAGGAAUACCUGCCACCGGUGGAUACUGUAGAUGCUGUUGUCAAGACAGAAUCGGGUGCAACGGGCCUUGUUUCUUUGUCGUGGGGGUCGCCCUUUAGUGACAAUAUUUUCGAGUUUGCCUGUGAGAAGGGUGUGGUGAAGAUGCACUUUGAUGGCGUGACAGUUAACGAUGUAGACUACCCCAUCGAAUUUGAUGGCAAGGGAGUUGCCCCCGAAGUGGCUGAGUUCGCGACUGCUGUUGUCAACGGUCGUCCUGUUGAGAAGAGACAGUCGCCGCAGGAGGCGUUGGCGGAUCUGGAGGUGUUGGAGCAGAUGUUGCAGAGUGGCGAGAAACAGGGGGAGAGGAUGCAGCUUCACUUCCAGACUUGA